AUGGCCGCGUUGUUUGACCGCGAUCGCAUGGUGCGCAGGGUGCGGCGCGAUUAUCUGGCUCGGAGCGCAGCGAUACUCGGCGCAGUAUGUGGCGACGUGCAAGCAUUCAACGAUCGCCGCGUUGUCCUCCUCCUCGACGCCAAUGCGGUUUCGUUCGUCCGAGCAACGGUGGUCAGUUCCAACCCUGCGCAAUGCCUUCGCAUCGGCUACGCGUGCGUCGCCGGGGCUUCCUGCGAGAUGUACCACGCCGAAUUCCUCUUGUGCGGUUUCGCCUUCCAGGAAGUCCGCGCGCGGAUUGCUCUACAUUAUCUGCGCAUGAAUUGCGACCUGGCUGAGCGCAUUCCUUGCGCGCAAGAGAUGUUCUGGAGGACCUUGGCCGAGAAGGUGUUGUAUUCGGAAGGGGUGAUUCGCCGGCGCGCGUCAGCGCUCGAGGAAUGCAAGGGGCGCGGCGAAUUCCAACACUUGUCCCUGGGCGGCCUCUUUCGCCCGCGCCGCAGCAUCGCCGGGCAGGCGGAUUGCCGGGGGAAGGCUGCCGUUCGAGAAGCUGCGGCAAUUCCUGGCGCGGGGGCGGUGCGUCGCAUCGUCGCAGUCCGCGGGCGGACAGGGGCCGCGGUCUGCUGCGCGGGGGCCAAGAGCGAGAGCGGAGAGGACAUCGCCCGAGAGCUCGCCCAGCAUGUGCCCGCCGAUUGUUUGGCCCAGGCGCGCGCCGUGGCAACUGAUUCGCCUGGCCCAGAGUUGCUGGCGCAGCUCAAAGCUGUGAUGCCGAACUUGGAGUUUCUCGUUCUCGACCUCGUCCACAUAGCGUUCUUGUUCGAGUCUGCGCAGGGCAGGGCCAAGACCUCGGCGGGGCAGACGCUGCGGACGACACAGGCUAAGUGGAACAAGGUUGACGGCCGCGCGCAGCCCCCCCAGCCGAGCGGGGCCGUGCAAAUGUUUAAGCGAGCCCUGGUUGCGAGAGACUGGAUCGCCAAGUGCAGCAUGGCGCCCGACGCGGCGGCCAACCGCCUGCAGGAUCUGGAUGGGAGUGCCCCGUAUUACUCGGUGGAGGAUGACAUAGAGGAUCUCGCCGCGCUCUGCGCCGCUUUCCUAGUGGAGGUCCGCAGGAAGCCGUCGGUGAAGGUCGGGCCUGUGCACGUGGCUCUCUGGCGAGCCACCAGCCCCCAGCGCUUGAGUUACGUUCUCAAUGACCAGCGUCGCCUCCUACUCGUGCCAGAGGAGCAGCUAGCGCAGUUGUCUUCGGGGGCCGCUGCGGUGGAGGCCCUGGGCGCAGAGAUGAAUAACCGAUUCCGCUUCCACGGCCUGUUCUAUCAAUCCACGCUCCUCUUAACGAUCAAGGCAUUCGGCGAUCUGAAGUUGCUCGUUCACAACUCUGCAGAGUAUUGCCCGACGCUGUCGCAGACAGGCCAGCGCGCCGUCGCCCUGCGUGCGCUGUCGGACUUCCAUUUGCUCGACGAUGAGUGGGCUGCCGUGCGAGCUGCAGAUGCGCCCCUGGUCGCGCGACGCCUAGAGCACAAGGGGCGCGUUCGCGCGGCCAGGGCUAUGAGCAAGGCUGCGCCGCGGGCCAGGGCGGUCGGCCCCCCCUCGGAGGUGUUCGAGGGGCGCAUGCGCUUCCCGGGGGUCCAGGGGUCCAAGGCGGUGUUCGAGAAGUGCGAAGUGGAGCUGUCCCAGGUCAUGUCGGAUGUCGUCCGCAGCACCAAGCGUUUCCAGCGCGCGCUUCGGGAGGGCAUCCGUUCUGAAAGCCGCCGCGUCGAGAAGGGGAUCGUGGAGAAGUACGCCGACUGGCCCGAGGAGUACAUGAGGCUUGCAACUGCCGCCCUCGCCGUGUACAACCGUCGGUUCGGCGACUUUGCCACGAACGAGUUCGCCACCUUGAUGUGGCUGGCUCUCGGCCGCACUCGCGUCAUCAGCGUCGACGGCCGCGUGCGCUUCUUCGACCCGAACAGCGGCGGGUGGAGGGCCUGCACCGGCUUGUUUCCCGAGGGUAUGUAUGCCCACUUCCGCCUCUUCAUGAACCGACUGGAGGGCGUGUUUCGCUGCGUCGGCAAGGAUGCGAGGCGAGAUGCCAACGGCGUACUGGAGAAGAUGGACGCCAGUAUCAAGUCGUCCGACGGCGAUGGCAUCGAGCAGAAAGCGAAUAAUGCCUUCCAGAUGUUCGAGCACUUUUCCUUGUGGAACAAGGGGUCGGGCGAUCAGGAAGAAGCCGUGGCCGACGUGGACGAGCCAGGCGGCCCCCCGCAGCAGCGCGCUUCAGCUGGGGGCGAGGGAGGCGACGGUUGCCCUCCCCGCGAUGGCGAUGAGGACGAGCGGCCCAAGGCGAAGAAGCUGAAAAUGCCAUGUCAUAUCGACGUUGCUGUGUGUACCCGAUCCUUCGGCAAGAAGCUCGUGUCCGAGCUCAUGCAGGGGGGCUCCGUGGUCAAGAACUUCACGGAGUGGUGUGGCACGUCGGUCACCCCCGCGCGCGGGGUGUCCUACCUCGACCGCGCUGUCAAGCACGGUGUCCCCAUGAUGACGGCCGACGGCGUGGUCGUGCAGCCGCUGGUCGUGGUAGACGGGAUGCCCACGCCGAAAGACUUCUUCUUCUGCAUGGGCUCCUCGCUGGCCCCGGCCACGCACGAGGAUGAGGGCGCGGAGGACGAGGGCCCAGAGCGGCCCCUGGACGACCCAGUCUUGAAGGCCGCGACGGACGACGUGAACAAGUUCUUGUCCAGCACUUUCUGGUGCAAUUUCGAGGCCCUCAACGCUAUCCGCUCUGCGCUGGCCAUAGCGAAGCGCGGCCUGAACGUGCUCCAGUGCUGCGUCUUCCUCGGUGCGGGCGGCUGCGGCCUCUCCCUCUUCGCCGACCUUAUCGCGACGUCGAUGGGCGACGAGCUUCGCAAGUAUUUCGACCCAUUCGUGUUCUACGACGACGAAGAGCUCCGGAAGUGCGUGGAGCUCCUCGCAGGGGGGUGCGUGUUUUCAGGCCAGGAGUGGCCCCGAGGAUCCAAGAAGAAGUUGCUCCUGCACCUGUGGGGGAAGUUCCUCAGCGGCGAGGGUCUGAGGGGGCGUCCCCCCUAUGCCGUGCUGACCCGCAUGAUCAGGUUGAUUGGGUGGGUCAAGCUCGAAGUUAACUCCAUGCUCGCUUUCAACGACCUCACCGAGCAGGAGUUCGAAUCCAUCGUGAGGAGGUCCUGCGUGAUAGAAAUCGCGGCCCGCCUGUUCGACAAGCAGUACCUUGGCGCACGCUUCCCCGAGCACGAGGAGUACGGCAUAUUCGCUCGAGAUCCGUCCUUCACGCGCAAGUUCCAGACGAGUCAAUGCGCGGCAGCCUGGGAUCGCACGCAUCACGCCUUCGAGGCGAGCAACGGGGAGCAGCAGUGCCGGGACUUCAUAGUGCAGUGCUCGCGCGGCGGCGAGGACCUGGGCGUCACCGAGCGCUACAUGCUGAUGGUGGAGGUCGACGCCGACGAGUUCUGGUUGCAGGCGCCCGCGUCGGCGAGCGCCAAGGAGCGCGAGUUCGCGGUAGCGCUGCUCCGCGAGUCUUGCGACAGAGGACUGGAAGCCAUGACCCUCUCGUACUUCAACCAGCGAUCUCGGCGGAUAGAGGGCUCGAGCAAGAAUCGGCUGCAGCUGUGGGGCGACCUUCCUUGCUCAGGAUUAUGGGAACUCCAGGCGACCAAGGCGCAGCGCCGUGACGGCGCUUCCGUCGUCCCUUUCUUCCCCUUCAAGUACACGAUGGAUGGCCUCUUUGGUGCGGCGGCGGCGACGCUCCAGAACCCAGGGGUGUUUCCCGAGGCCAUCGACGUCAAGAACGCGAAGAAGAAGCUCGUUGACAACGUGGCCUACAUGCAGAACGCGGAGCUCGCGAUCGAGGCCCUGCAAAGAUUGCUGGCCGCCCCAGCGCCAGGCCACCCCAUGAAGAGGGUGAAGCGCCCUGCCGCUGCGGAGGAGCCGCGGGAGGGCGAAGGCGGGGGUGCGGAGGGCAGGGGCCGCCGGUCCAACGCCCAGAAGGAAGAGGAGUCGGCGAUCAGGAAGCGCAUCGAGAAGUUGGACGCGGUGCGGCGCUUCGCGGCCGCCGUGGCGCCCCCCCCCCCAGCAGGACGCUCGGGCGCGUGUCGGGCGACGCUGCUGAACCAGGCGCUGAGAAGCGGCGGCAGCUUGCAGGCAAGGCCGUGGGUGUCCCGCGAGCACGCGACGGCGGGUGACUUCCCCGCCGCCCAGAACAUGCCGCAGUAUUUGCAGAUGAUAGCCUUCCCCCAGACCGUGGACCUGGACCAGGUCGCGGCGUGCCUGACGUUCAGCGAACAGCUGCUCCAGCACUUGCGGCUCGCGGAGGAUGUGAAGGCGGCCUUCGCCCCAGCGCUCGUCCUGCUGAAGGAACUCCGCGAGGACCGCGACGGGGUGUGUCUGAGAGAACUUGGGCUCCCAGGGGCACUUGGCAAGGACGUGAUCCUCAUGGCGAUCCACGGAAAGAAGGAGCUCCCACACGCGACCCUCCUGGGCCCCGACUGCGAGGAAUUCUUGAAGAAGCUGAAGCGGCUGUCGUGGUUCCUGCGAUGGGCUGCCGCGUCGGCCAUGCCUGCGCAGUAUGCCACGCUGAAGGACGACCCCUCUGUGACGUGGGUUGAGGGCAGUUGCUUCGCCCACGUCUGGCAGAUGGCCGAGUCCUACGUGGCGAUGCACAUCUGCGACUUCGCGCGCCAGCGGCCCUUCACGCACCUCGCGAAGGCAUACGACGGCGUGCGCAUAGACACGGGCAGGGUCGCCGCCGAGAAAGCGAGGCUCGCCGUGGAGGAGCGGGGCGCGGAAACGCAGCCGGACGCCGAAGUCUUUGCCCUCGCGGCCAGCCACUAUGUAGCGCAGCAGCCGCUGGCAUUCGUGGUGCCCUUUCGGGAGAAGAAGCGCUUGCCCUUCUACAGCUUGAUUCGCAACUGCGAGUGCAGCGACGCCCCCAUCGAACCGAGCCUGGUGCCCGCGCAGGACCUCUCGAGCGUGCUCAUCACGGUGCCGACGGCUCUGGGCGAUUAUGGCGCGCCAGCUCUCACGCAGCAGCUCGUGCAACUGGUCCGUGAACACGCCGAGCGCGAUCUUUCUGGAGUCGCGUAUCUCGAGGCGAAGCCCAUCCUCACCAUCAAG